AUGUUUGUAUUUUACCAGGUAACAGACUGGUUGGCACAUUCGUUUGAUGACUUCAUUGGAAACACAGAUAUUUCUUCUAGUGCCAUUCCUGUGAAGCCACUAGAAGGCAACUCUGGAAGAAACCGGCAGCAGAAGAAGAAACACCUGUCUUCUGUGCCGGAAAAUUGCAAACCCAAAGUUCUUCCCAGAAAAAGAGCAAAGUCACCUUCAGUAGAUCUGCCUUGUAACAAGUCCAGGCAAAACUGGAGCCAGUCUCAAGAUGAGCCGUGGGUAGACAGAUACAAACCCCAAACUCAGAAUGACCUUGCUGUGCAAAAGAAGAAAAUUGAAGAAGUUGAAAACUGGUUAAAAAUGCACAUAUUUCAGAGGCAGCCAAAGCAGGGUGGCUCUGUUUUACUGCUAACUGGUCCUCCUGGUUGUGGAAAGACUGCAACUAUACAAGUAUUAGCAAAAGAUCUUGGUGUUCAGGUGCAAGAAUGGACCAAUCCACUAUCUUUAGACUUUACAAAAGAAGACUUAAGAAAUAUGUUUGGCCAUGACUCAAACUUUCAUACGUUUCCAAGUCAGGCCCAAGCAGCUCUGUUUCAAGAUUUUCUAUUAAGGGCAAAUAAGUAUAACAAACUUCAGAUGCUUGGGGAGUCCUCAGAAAAUGAUAAAAAGUUGAUUCUUAUUGAAGACAUACCUAACCAAUUCUAUCGAGAGCCUAGCAGUCUACAUGAAAUUCUCAGGAGAUUUGUUCGCACAAGUAGAUGUCCCCUUAUAUUUAUAAUCUCAGAUAACUUCAGUGGAGACAGCAACCAGAGGUUACUAUUCCCAGCGGAAAUUCUAGAGGAAUUGUGUAUAUCCAGUAUUAGUUUGAAGCCUGUUGCACCAACAAAUAUGAUGAAAGUUCUUAAUCGAAUAGCUGCAACAGAAGCUAGUAUGAACAAAGAAAAGAAUUACGCUCUUGAUAGAACUUCUCUGGAGUUGCUUUGCAGAGGCUGUUCAGGUGACAUAAGAAGUGCAAUAAACAGUCUUCAGUUUUCUUCUAUGAAAGACUGCUCAUUGGAGAAGGAGUUUUGGUCAAGUAAGAAAAGGAGCUCCAUGCUAAAAUGUGAAGCAGCAGUAUCUAAAGGAAGAAAGAAAAGUAAAUCUGAUACUUCAGAAGAACAGGAGAUCCAAGCUAUUGGUGGCAAAGAUGCUUCCAUCUUUCUUUUCCAUGCUCUGGGGAAAAUAAUUUACUGCAAAAGAGAACCAGUGUCAGAAUCAGAACUUCCUCAGCUGCCUGCUCACUUAUCAGAAUACCAUCGGGACACGUUGCUUAUUCAGCCUGAGGAUAUUGUGGAAAAAUCGCAUAUGUCUGGAAGCAUUUUUAAUUUAUACCUUCAUCAGAACUAUGUAGACUUUUUUUCUGAUAUAAAUGAUGUAGUGAGAGCCAGUGAAUAUUUGAGCAUCGCUGAUGUCCUUUGUAGUAACUGGAGUACACGGCUUGUGAUGGAAAAAUACAGUGCGUCUGUGGCUACCCGAGGGGUGAUACAUUCAAACACAUCCAGAGCCUUUGCCCACCACCAAGGAGGGAUGGGGUUCCGGCCGUUACAUAAACCCCAGUGGUUCUUUAUCAAUAAAAAGUAUCAAGAAAACUGCCUUGCAGCAAAAUCUCUCUUUUCAAGCUUCUGCUUACCAGGCGGAUGUCUUCAGACAGAACUGUUGCCUUACCUUGCUAUGUUAGCAAAUCCAAUGAGAAACCAAGCUCAGAUUGCUUUUAUCCAAGACGUUGGGAGGCUACCACUGAGAAGACGUUUUGGGAGGUUAAAGCUUGAAGCGCUUACUGACAAAGAUCCUGGGAUACCAGACUUAUUUGUUAGCUCCGAGGGAGAUCGUGCCGAUGUGUAUGCUAUGGAGUCAGCUGUACAGAUGGAGAAAAACGGAACAACUGAGAAUGAGUCGGAUGAAUUCCCUCUGUCUUCUAGCCAGUGCAGUGGAAGUGAACUACCUUGCAGUCAGCCUCAGCCUGUUGCAGCUCAAGCAAUCAUGGAGGAAGACGAAUUAAAAAUAGAGGAAUACGAUAGCGACUGA